GAAACUUUGGUCAUAGCUGGCUCCUGCAGAAUACUUACAUUUAAUAGUUCAUAACUGAGAAUUUACUGUUCCAGAGUUUGAAGAAAAUGGCUAAAGUACUUUUGGUAUUUCUAACCGUUAUCAUACACUGCACCACCACUGCAGCCCAAGGAUGCAAAACUGAGUGGUUUGACAUUGAUGACCCAUCAGGAGAUGGAGAUAGUGAAGUUAUUAACCUAAUUCGUAUUCAGUUUCCCAACGGCAUCUGCCUUCAUCCAACUGCUUGUGAGGUGGAGACAACAUCAGGGGUUCCAGCCUCACAGACUGGAGAGAAUGUUCAACUGUGUAGUAUUACUGCUGGAUUCACUUGUGUGAAUAAUGAGCAAAGUGAUCAGAGCUGCCAAGAUUACAGAAUACGAUUCACCUGCCCUGCAUCAUUUUGUGCUGCUCCUCCUACUCCAGAUACAUCCAAAAUAUGCAAAACUGAAUGGUUUAACAUUGAUGACCCAUCAGGCGAGGGAGAUUAUGAAAAUUUUCACGAUCUAUAUCUUAAAUUUCCCAAACGCCUCUGCCUUUAUCCAAGCGCUUGUGAGGUGGAGACAACAUCAGGGGUUCCAGCCUCACAGACUGAAGACGUUGUUGAACCGUGUAAUGUGGCUCGUGGAUUCUUCUGUAAGAACACCGAUCAAAGUGAUCAGAGCUGUGAAGAUUACAGAAUACGAUUCACCUGCCCUAAAUCAUUUUGUAAUGCUUUUACAAUGACUACUGGUACCACAUCUACAACAACUACAGGUGCAAGUUCCACUACAGUUUCCAGUACUACUUCCAGUACAACUCCGGGUACUAGUUCUACUACAGCUCCCAGUACUGCUUCUACUACAACUCCAGGUUCUAGUUCUACUGCAGCUCCCAGUACUGCUUCUACUACCACUCCAGGUUCUAGUUCUACUGCAGCUCCCAGUGAGUACAUCCCUCAAAUCCUAAAUAUUGCAAAUUUUAACUGUGGUUCAAAAGCUCCAUCAAACAAUAUCUUGUCUAGUUUGAAGAGUUUUCUUGACUCUAAUAGCCUUGAAAGAGAGAGUACUGCUUCUACUACAGCUCCAGGUUCUAGUUCUACUGCAGCACCCAGUACUGCUCCUACCACAACUCCAGGUUCUAGUUCUACUGCAGCUCCCAGUACUGCUCCUACUACAACUACAAGUUCUAGUUCUACUGCAGCUCCCAGUACUGCUCCUACUACAACUACAAGUUCUAGUUCUACUGCAGCUCCCAGUACUGCUCCUACUACAACUACAAGUUCUAGUUCUACUGCAGCUCCCAGUACUGCUCCUACUACAACUACAAGUUCUAGUUCUACUGCAGCUCCCAGUACUGCUCCUACUACAACUACAAGUUCUAGUUCUACUGCAGCUCCCAGUACUGCUCCUACUACAACUACAAGUUCUAGUUCUACUGCAGUUCCCAGUGAGUACAUCCUUCAAAUCCUAAAUGUUGCAAAUUUUAACUGCUCCAUAAGACAACAUCAAGAGUUCUUUGACUUGAAUAACCUUGAAAGAGAGAGUACUGCUACUACUACAACUCCAGGUUCUAGUUCUACUGCAGCUCCCAGUUCUAGUUCUACUGCAGUUCCCAGUGAGUACAUCCUUCAAAUCCUAAAUAUUGCAAAUUUUAAUUGCUCCAUCGGACAACAUCAAGAGUUUUUUGACUUGAAUAACCUUGAAAGAGAGAGUACUGCUCCUACUACAACUGCAGGUGCAAAUUCUACUACAGCUUCCUCCAAUGCAUGCAAAACUGAGUGGUUUGACCGUGAUAACUACUCAGGACAGGGAAUAUGUGAAGAUCUCACCAGUCUACAAAAAGCUUUUCCAUACCGCAUCUGUAAUCACCCAAUAACCUGUGAGGUGGAAACAGCAUCAGGGUUUCCAUCCUCACAGACUGGAGAGGACAUUUGUAGGUGCGACAUUGCUACUGGAUUCUAUUGUGUGUAUACAGAGAAAAGUGAUGGGAAGUGUAAAGAUUACAGAGUACGAUUUACCUGCACUGAAUCUAUCUAAUGGCAAAGCGGUGGAUGCUGGCGGCAGUGGUUUCGAUGUAAUUUGCGGUGGGCAGUCCUACAACACGUUCCUGCAAGAGACGUAUGAAUAUGAAAACAGGACUCACAUGUCGGACUGCUGGAUUUGUUUGCGAACACUGAACCACACCGCAGAAGGAAUGCCAUUAAUAAUGAUCCUUUUUAGGAAAAAGACUUGGGGAAAUUAUCCAGCUUAUCGGGGUUCUGAUUUGGGAAAAGCCGGGAGGGAGUGUCUAAACCAACCUACUUCACCCCACAGUAUGGCUGCGGUUUUAAAGAACGAGCCUUAAUAGACCCCAGUGGAGUGAGAGUUUUAAGGGCUGGUACUUCCCUAUGUAUAUUUUAUUUAAUUCCAAGGUUCCGACUGUAAAGGUAAUUCCUGACCCAAUAGUGAAGGGAAAGGAAUGUUGGUGCAGACAUUAUGAUGAGCACAGGUUAAAGCAAACAGUGGGAUACAGCGAGUGCAAACAGGAAAGGUACCCUGUGAUGGCCAUAUCUAUACCGAGGGGUCCUAUAAAGGUGUGUACUCCUUGGACGCUGAAUGGCACUUAGUGGAUAUGCAUCACUCGGACCUAGCUGUGGCUUCCACUGGGGUGGUACGGUUGCUGCUAUCUAGGAUAUGUGGUGCCUUUGAUACAUCACCUCAGUCAUCUGGAUGAACACCCUGCUUAUGUGGGUCAGUGUAAUAAGUGGGCUAUUAUGGAGGCAAAACCAUUUUAGAUGAUAGCCUUUCCCAUGUAUGGUACCACUAAGCUGUCUCAGGAAAUUAUACACAUGAUCUCUGCAAUAGAAAUGUUGGCUGUCGAAACAGAUACUGAGGAAACUUUAACUGAGGUAUCUGCCAAGGGGGUAGCUAUUCAAGUGGUUGACGUGCAAAAUCAGAUGGCCUUAGAUUACCUACUUGCAGAGAAAGGUGGUACUUGCGCUGUUAUUAGUCAAGAUUGCUGCACUUACAUUCCCGAUGAGUCGGGGAACAUUACUCAGCUGGCUGAUCACUCUAAACAAUUGGUGAACAAAAUUAUGAAAGCAAGGUACCAGUUCCAUAACUAUUUCACUCUGGGGGGAUGUUAGUGGCCUUAUGGGGCUCCGGAAGGUUGGUGGACUACUAUAAUAUACUAGAAGGUAACUAUUGGGCUUGUAAUACUGGGUAUUAUACUUCUGUCUUGUAUCUGUAGUUUAUUAGCCUGAGGGGCAGAUUGUCACAGUGUCACAACUUUCGAGGGAUGAUUUUCCUGUUGGGUCAUGGCUUAUUUUAGUUGAAAACCACUUUCAUUGUGCUGAUUGGUUCAUUUAAAGUCUGCAGUGCUCUUUUCCCAUUGGUUGGCUGAUGCACCACGACACCCAUUCCCAUUCCGGGCACCCAGGGGGAGGAAUAUAAAAGGUAGCACAUGUGGAGGGGUCACCCUCUUUCUUUCCUUCCAUCCACAGGGCCCACUUCAUGCUGAGAGUCAUGACCAGCACUGAAGAAGCUCUGAGAGAGAGCAUUGCAGACGUAGAUGGGCGAUUGUUGAGUAUCUGUUCAUAGCAUGCUUACUUCUUGGGUUUUAUAAAUUGGGGAGUUUUAGCCGAGUAUCCAUUCAUUUAAAGGGUAACAUUGUACAGUGUAGUGGUUUUGGGUAGCUUAGGAAUUGCUGCUGCAGUUCUACACUGCAGUCAUUGAGUCUGUCCUGUGCACCUCCAUCACUGUGUGGUUUGGAGCCGCCACCAAGCAGGAUAGAACCAGACUACAGCGCACAGUGAGGACUGCCGAGCGCAUCAUUGGAGACUCCCUGCCCUCUGUUGUGGACCUGUACUCUUCCAGGUUGAAGAAGAGGGCGGGGAACAUCAUAAAGGACUCCUCCCAUCCUGCACACGGACUGUUUGAACUGCUUCCGCCUGGUAGGCGCUUCAGAUCCCUCCAGACUAAGACUAAUAGGCACUGGAGAAGUUUUUUCCCUACUGCGGGGCACUCCCUACUGCGGUCACUUUGCUGAACAGUUAUCUGCUGGUUAACUGUCAGCUAACUAUUACUUGGAUUGCACUACCUGUAUGUAUCCUCUAUAUUUUCAUUUAUAUUUAACAUUAUUAUCGUUAUGAGCAGAGAGACAACAUCUGCCGGAAGUAAAUUCCUUGUAUGUGCACAGAUACUUGGCGAUUAAAGUCUGAUUCUGACUAUUUAUUUAGUUAAAUGCUUGUUUAGUUGGACACCCUAUUUAGUGUUUCACUGUUCAUUUUUAAAUAAAUACCUAA